GCCACUUACGCGAUUUAGAAUUCCGGCAAGCCAGAGCCCAUUUUUGAAGGGGACUUUCUGAUUAGGAGACCAGGAACAGUUUAUAAAUUUGGCUGAGUAGAUUGGAUACCAGAGUCACGUCAGUCUAGAUAAGACCUGAUAAGCUGGUUGCUGAGAUCAUGCAGAGCCAGGUCAUGUGAUAACGUGAUCAUCUUGAUCUCAGGUCCCGUGAUCGUGAUUGAUGAGGGCUAUCUAUCAUCGGCUUGACAUUCGCCGCGGCCUGUUGCUAUCAUCGUCCGCCCAUGACCCAACUCACCAGCGAAGGUGCACCUCCCCCCUUCGGUCGCCAGCUCCUCAAAUACUUCGCCUUCGAUCCCGACUAUGUGAACCUCAAUCACGGGUCCUACGGAUCGCUUCCCCUCCCGGUCCUCGCGGCAUGCAACGAGCUGACGAUGCGCAUCGAGGCGAACCCCGACGUCUUCGUGCGCGUUGACCAGACACCCCUCAUCACCGCGACGCGGGAGCGGAUCGCCAAGUUCGUGAACGCGAAGACGGACGAGGUCGUGUUAGUGCGGAACACGAGCCACGGGAUCAACACUAUCAUGAGGUCGUUCGACUUCAAGGAGGCGGAUGUCAUGGUCACUUGCAGCACAACGUAUGAUGCCAUGUCCGCACUCGCGCGGGCCAUCGCAGACGGCCCGACACACCCGACGAUAUCCCAAUUUACCCUCAUGUUCCCCACGUCCCACGCGGCGAUCGUCUCCGCAUACCGGGCGCACCUGCGUGCGAUCCCGCGCCACCCCGGGCAAACGGUCGUCGCGCUCAUUGACGCGAUUAUCUCGGUCCCCGGUGCGCUGUUGCCGUGGCAGGAGCUUGUGAAGGUGUGCAAGGAGGAGGGCGUGUACUCCGUCAUCGACGCGGCCCAUGCUAUUGGGCAGGAGCCGAACAUUGAUUUGGCAAAGGCAGAUCCGGAUUUCUGGGUAUCGAACUGCCAUAAAUGGCUGUUUGCUAAGCGUGGUUGCGCCAUCAUGUUUGUUGCAGAACGCAACCAGGGAAUUGUGCGGUCUUCGUUCCCAGUAUCCAAGACGUACAUUUCCACCAAAGAUAGGAAGUUCCCUGGCGAGAGCUUUGUCGAGCAGUAUAACUGGAAUGGUACCAUCGACUUUGUUCCUCCUCUGAGCAUUGGUCCGGCCUUGGAUUUCCGUAACUGGCUGGGAGGAGAAAAGAAGAUCAAUGACUAUUGUCACUCGAUGGCCAUCAAGGGUGGUGCCCGUCUCGCUGAAAUCUUUAGCACACAAGUCAUGGAUCAAACGGGUGAAUUCGCGUGCAGCUUGGUCAAUGUCCAGAUACCCCUGCCGUCUUCCAUCAAACCUACAAAUGAGAUCAACGACUUGUUCUACCAGAAGAUGCUCGCUCCAACGAACCGGAAAACCAAGGUCAGCGCCGCGGUAUACUAUCACAAUGGAGCCUGGUGGACCCGGUGCAGUGCGCAGAUCUGGACAGAGAUCGAAGACUUUGAGCUAUUGGGGGCUGUACUGACGGAAGUAUGCCAAGAGGUCUUGACCGAGAACAGGGAGCAGCUGGAGUGAAUGUAGAAUAGAUGCUAAUCAAAUACCCAUGCCGAGUCUAACAUGCAACUUAUCGAGAUCUACGGCUUUGCAUUGCGAUUUGUCAUGGACUCUUCGUGCCAGAAUGACCCGCCAAUGGCUUCCCCACUGUUCUUCUGCGAUUCUAAAGCGGACCUUUGCGCCUCCCCUUGCUCCUCGGUCAUCCUGCAGCACCUAGCAUCGCAGAGGUUUACCAUUCAAUAUGAGAAGUCGGGUCUCGUCGAAGAGUAGACCUGGACAAGUCAUUUGUGAAAACUCAGCCGCAUGAGAGACGUAGACACGGCUAGGGUAACUCCUCCAGCGUAGAAGCCAGACAGUUCGUAAGUUUGCGAGCGGCCGCGUCAAGGUUGCCCCCACUCCUAGAUCGCUGUCACGGGCUUCAAGGCAUGAUUAAAGAUGACGCUACGUGCGGUGGGAGCUCAACGUGACACAUUGCCAGAGGGCCCCACAGUCUUCUGGGACGGUGCAUCUUGAAGAGAUGGCCGUGCAGGGCUCGACCCUGGUCCCGAUUGCUCGCCCCAUUCCGGGAUCGACAUCGACGAGAUACGCCCGGCGUGCGUGAACACACACAGAGGCCACCCACCCUGAGGGCUCAGCGAUCGAUCCUGUGCCUUCUGCCAAAAUCUUAAGCUUGUCCUGUGCUGCGACCGGGAGAAGCCCGACGAUUCUUGAUGCGUUCGGUCGCACAGCUGCGUCCGCCUUAUCUCUUGCCGGCAUCCUGUUGCCCGUGUUCGCGCCUGGAAAGCUCUGCAAGGCCUAUCAGAAGCGCUCUCCCAGACCCGCGAGCUUCAACGGGGCCGUUCACAAAGCUCCGCAGAAAUGAAAGACCCGCCGACAGGACUCAUGAGCGUGAACGGCGGGCCUGACUCCUGCGGGGUCGCGCAUAUACCCAGCGGGCGUGCCUGCAUCCCAAAUGUGGCGCAGGGUCACGGCGGCGGACAAGGAAGGGGGCUGACGAGCGCAGUUUCACCCGGCGCUUGCCGGUGCUGAGCAACGGGGCGCACGCGAUGGCUAAGUUUCGGCCGCGAUCGGUGCACAGCCUUGCAGGCGACCUUGUGAUACCACGAGCCGGCGGCCAGGAUGUCUAGUGCUAGUUCAGGCAGACGGAGAGGUGGUUGGUGGCCCCGGGCCCCCCGGGCCGAGCCGUGCGUUAUGGUGGAUGCGCUUGACCGCGGAUCGGUCUACGCCCGUCAACUACCUUCCCGUGAGUUAGGCGCGGUCAGGCUUGCAGGCUCAGUCCUGCGCAAUUCGUCGAGCGACUGACUGUACGCUAUUAUCGGGGAACCUUGUUGAGCGGAGACGAAUUUGAGUCCGGGAAUACCUCGUGGAUGAGUGCAAGAAAGAGACAAAGCUUUCUUCAUCGCCAUGUACGCGAGCGAAUGCGAC